UUGCCUUCGAGCUACUACACGGUGAUCAAAGAUGCUUGCUUCCUAUAUAAGAGAAGCUCAUUUUUGUCUAGAAUAUGCAAAAGUCUCUUCUCCUAAAACGUCUAUCAGCCACCACUCCUAGAACCUGAUCCAUCUUCCUUGUUGGUUUUUUUUUUUUUUUUUUUGCAGUUUCUUCUUUCCUUCCUUUUGUUCGCUGCUUGCCUUUGUUUUCUCUUUCGGUCGUUUUCAAUGGCAUCAAGCUCUAAAACAGCCUCUCCGUCAUCAUCAGCUCGUCAGUGGAAGUAUGAUGUGUUUUUGAGUUUUAGGGGUCCUGACACUCGCAAGAGUAUCACAUCCGAAAUAUAUGAUCGACCGCAAAACAGGAGAGGAAUUAAAACAUUCCUGGAUGAUCAAGAUCUCGAGGUAGGGGAUGCUAUUUCUCCCAGUCUCCUAACAGCAAUUGAAGAAUCAAGUGGUAGUGCUGCUAUUGAUAUGGAGUGUCCUUCAUUGCAACACUUGUAUGUGGAAGACUGCCCUCAUGUUCCGGCCUCUGCUUAUGACUUCGGGAGCAAUAACCAAGUCAUACUGAAUGAUCCUCUGCAUUACGCAUCUCAGCAAGCCACGAAAUUUUGCACACCCCUAUCAGCAUGGGAUACUCUCAAGUCACGUCUCAAGGUCAGGGAAAAGAUCUUAACAUCGAUGGAGCCUGAAAUGAUGCAGAGGGCGGUUGAAUUCACGGGGAAGAUGUCUCAAAUCAUACAGACGAAGCCCGAAUUUUUAAAGAAGUUUUUACCUAGUUCGUUAGCGAAGCCUGAAUUGUUGGAGAUGAUGCCUAGACUAAUGGAGUUGCUGAAUGGAAUUUUGAUAGAGAAGAAUCCUGAAUCGAUGGAGAAUCUUAUAGCAUUGGCGAAUAUCACUCUUGAUCUUAUGAAUCAUAUACCUGCUGAGAUUAGUGAGAUGAUGGAUCUGAUGACUAAAUUGAUGGAGGAUACGAACUUUAUCAAGUCCUUGCCUGGAAUCGUGGAGAACAUCCCUGGAAUCAUGAACUUGCCUCGAAUCAUAGAGGACUUUCCUCGAUUGUUUGAGAUUUUGCCAAUGACUGGAUCGGUGGAGAAUAUGCCUGGAAUCAUGGAGGACUUUGCUCAAUUGAUUGAGAAUUCACCUCAGAUGGUUGAAUCAUUGAAGGACUUUGCUCAAUCGGUUGAGAAUUUUCUGAAUUUGCCUCAAAUGAUUGAAUGCAUAGUGUACUUGAGAACUCUCGACCCAACAGUACUUCGGCUGAACAAUAAUGUUAAAAUCAAACAUGGACUUGUCACACGUUAA